GUGCCUAAUGCGUGCCUAAUAUUGAUAUAGAUAGCGUGAAGUUCAAGUAUUUACAAGGAGUUGGGAUGGAUACGAGUGGGGGUCAAACCAGGUCAAGCAGAAGAGCAAAUAUGGCGGCUUCCGGGUAAUGGAAUUUCUCUCUGCUUUUUUUUGCUCUGCUCAUUCACGUUAAUUGUCUGCAUUUCUCAACGUGUCGAGUCGAGUCAGAAUGAUCAGCCGCGUGCGGAAUGUCGUGAACUCGGUGAUGGGCGGCCUGGCGGCGCUGCCUCAGCCCCCGGAGCGCCCGCAGCCCGACGAUCUGGAGCUGAAGUAUCCGUACUGCCGGCCGGAGUUCCUCCAGCUCUCGCAAGACGAAAUCCAAGUGUCGGCCGACCACGUUUCGCGUCCGAUCAUGGUGCCCAGGGAACCCAACAGACUCCCGUGGAGUGCGGGAUAUGCAGAGGUGAUCAAUGCGGGAAAGAGUCCCAGAAAUGAGGACCAGGCUGCCACGGCCCAGCUGUGUAUCAGCCGACCAGCCAGGACUCCUAACAGGAACACCAACAAAGCCAACAACAAGGGCAACAACGGAAACUCAGGAGAGGACAACCCACAUCAGGAGGCCAUGGCAGAGGAGGAAGAGGUCAGAUAUAAUACUGAUGUGGAGGAGCUGCAUUUUACGUACUUCGGAGUGUUUGACGGACACGCGGGGACCGGAGCAGCCAUCAUGGCAUCACGCACACUUCAUUACCAUAUUAGGGACAAAAUGACAGACGUCAGCGAGCUUCUCCUGCCCGUCACGUAUGAAGGGAUGGAGCAGAACCACCCUGGAGCAGGCUCCAAAAAUGGGUCCGGCUCCGGCAAACCUUCCAGUAGAGUCAUCACUAAAGAACACCUCAUCAUAGGAGCGCUGGAGAGAUCCUUCUGUGAAAUGGAUAGCCAGAUAGAAAGAGAAAGAUUGACGUUCAGAAUAACAGGCGGCUGCACGGCCCUGGUGGCUGUGUUUGUACUGGGGAAACUCUUCUUAGUCAACGCUGGAGACUCAAGAGCAGUUCUAUGUAGGAAUGGUGAGGCCAUCCCAAUGUCUAGAGACUUCACUCCAGAAUCAGAGAGGCAAAGGCUACAGUACUUGGCACACCUGCACCCCCACUUGUUGUACAAUGAGUUCACUGCGCUGGAAUUCCCCCGCAGGCUGCACAAGACUGACCUGGGCAAGCAGACGUUGUACAGGGACCACACCAUGACUGGCUGGGCACCAAAGACCGUCACAGAAGAUGACUUAAAAUUUCCGUUAAUUUUUGGAGAAGGAAAAAGGUGCAGAGUUCUAGCCACGAUAGGCGUGACGCGAGGAUUUGGUGACCACGAUCUCAGGGUUUAUGAUUCUCACUGUCUAAUCAAGCCAUUCCUCACAGCAGCACCAGAGAUCCAGACGUAUGACAUGCUGGAGCAGCGGUUUGGUGAGGACGACUUCCUGAUCAUGGCGUCGGACGGGCUGUGGGACGUCGUGGCCAAUCAGGACGCGUGCAAUGUGGUGUUAGAUGCGCUGACACAGUUUCACCCUCAGGACCCCAAUAGAUACACGUCAGCAGCCCAGGAGCUGGUGAUGCACGCCCGCGGCACGCUGCAGGGGAAGGGGUGGCGCCGCCCCGCCGAGGACAAACCCGCCUCCGGGGAUGACAUCACGGCCUUCAUCAUCCCGCUAUAUCACUAUGGCAACCAGCACCUGUCCAGCCCCAUCGUGUUAUCUGAGUCGGAGGAGAGUUCCACCAGGGAGAUGGAGACAGAGACAGAAGCAGAGGCCGACCCUGGCCCGGACUCAUUAGAUCCAUGAGGCAGCAGCGGUCGGGCUAAUGCCUCGGGCAGUAUGGAAUACCCCAUGUUGUAUUUUAUUUAUGUCAUACCUACACAAGAAAACCCGCCUUUCAAUGCAAAAUGAGUCAAAAUUUGGUGUCCCUAAACCUAAAAAUGCAACAACAUCAAUUACAACGUCCAAAUUCUGUAUCAAAUUUUUGAAAGUGGUGCACGCGGUUAGGGUAUAAACUUGUUUGAAUCGUUCUGUGGAAGCCAUGGAAAGUACAGCCCGGUCCGGAACACCCUUUAUUGAACGUUAUUGCGGCCUGGGUAUGAUAUAAAUAUUUGUAUAGCUUCUCCGGGGAAUCUCAGCAAUAACACACAGGGAAAAGUGGGUCCUUUCAAAGUUGACAGGAUUUGUGUACUACUUACCAACUUCUGAGAGCUGACAGGUUUCUUUCUUACAGGCAAUCAGUUUCCUUGAGAUCUGUUAUAAGGGGGCACACCUGGUUCAUACUUGUAAGCACGUCGGCAGGACGUACUGUGAAUGCACAAAACCCAGAUAUCUUACAGUUUUUGUUGGGUGUUUGUCGACGUUGCAUCCAAAUUUUUCCCAUUGCAGGCGACUUCUUUUCCAACACGACAUUUGAAAGACAGGAUGUUGUCCUUAAAUAUGUGAAUACAACCUUGGAUAAGACAUUCUGACGAAGUGAUAUGCACGACACAGAUCCUAUCGACGUGCUAUAAACUUUUACAUGUACCUUUCUGCCGAUCACCUCUGUACAGAAAACAUUCAGUCAAACAACUAACAGGGUAUUGUUGGGAAUUUCUCGUGAAAACCAUGACGUUGUCAAGAACAAAAUAGUUGCAUUCUCAAUGGUGUCUAUUAGAUUACACAAAGAGGUUAAAGUAUUGUUCAGAAGAACUGUAAUUACUGAUUGGUGUCGUAAAUGUCCGUGUGAAAGUGUCCGUGGUGUAACUUUUUGUGCUAUAACUCGAUCUGCUUGUAUUUGUAUAGCAUAAAAGCCUACAAAGGGAUAUGUAUAUGUUCUUCCAAGAAAAAACUGUAUCUACAAAUGCAACAAAGAUGUUUACCAAGAAUCCUGAGCAAAUUUAAGAAAAAUUUAGGAGUCUGAAACCAUUGGUCAAGAGAACUUGAACCUCUUUUUAUACUUUUGAAUUUUAAGGUUUUGUAGUUGGAAGUUAUGAAAUAAAUUUGGUCUCCUUGAACAUGAAACAUUGCUUAAUCAAAAUUGAAAUUAUUGUUUCCAUUGUUUGAAAAUACAUAGCAAGCUUAUUUUAGGUAACACCAUCAAAAUGUAAGCUACCAGUAAUGCAUCUUUGUCACAAGAGAAAUACAUACUGUCACAGUGGAGGGCUUCCCAAAUGUAUGCACUAGUGUUGCACCCUGUGUUUUCAACCUAUUUAUAGUUAUAAAGGACAAAAAUGCCUAACAAGGACAGGUUUACAUGUACAUUUAUGUCAUUAUUCACUACCAGUAGAUGUUUUCAAGAACAUUCUUCCCUUGGUAGUCCUUUGGAGUCGAAGAUGACUGUUAGUCAGUGUGUGUGUGACCAUACAACAUACAAUGUUGUGCAUGCCUACACUGUAUGAUAAUGUUAGAUGUGCAAUGGUUGUUGGUAUCAGAGUGAAGUCAGCAAGUUUUUUUAGAUUCUAAAACAUGACAUAAACAACGUUUACUGUAU